AUGCUCUCUCAGGAACUCCAUCAUGGGUGGGGACCCACAAUUGAAGUGCUGGUAUUUCUGUUUUGGCUUGCAAGUGGAGCUUCAUAUCGGGUGGUGUCCAGGGCGUUCAGCAUCCCCAAGACCACUGUCUGCAGAAUUGUCCACCGAGUCUCAGAGGAGCUGAUGGGCAUCUUGAGCAGGGUCAUCUGUGUGCCAGCAACUGCAGAAGAGCAGCAAGAAAUUGGACAGGGCUUUGAAAGGCUCUCUCAAAAUCCUGCCUUGAGAAAAGCAAGGGGAGCUAUAGAUGGGUGCCACAUACGUAUUAAAGCCCCGGAGGAGCCAGACACUGGAUGCUACCGAAAUCGGAAACUUUUUACAUCCAUCCAUCUCCAGGCUGUGUGUGACCACCGGGCCAGAUUCCUUGAUGUGUACAUUGGAUUUCCUGGUUCUGUACACGACUCUAGGGUCUUGAAACACAGCCCCCUUUAUCGCACUGCGGUCUACCCUCCGACUGGCACUUUCCUGCUGGGAGAUGGGGGGUAUCCAUGUCUUCAGAGGCCCCUGGCUCUCAUCACACCAUAUAAGCGGCCACUGAGGGAUGAAAGACAGAGGGUGUUUAACAGGUACCACUCAAAAGCACGUUCUGUGAUCGAAAGAGCUUUUGGAAUCAUGAAGACUCGGUGGCGUUCCAUUUUCCUGAAGGCCCUAGAAGUCCACCCCUCUUUUGUGCCAACAGUGGUUGCCUCCUGCGCCAUUCUCCACAACAUAUGCCUGGGGGCUGGAGAUGAACUGCCACCUGAAGAAGAUUGUCGUGAAGAAGACACAGAGAGUGAAGAGGGUGUCCAAGACACAUCAAAUGGAAAUGCUCUUCGAGAGGAGCUCUGUGCUGAGGUGUUAGCUGGUGUGCCUAGGUCUUAG